AUGACAUGUGAGCUCCAGGCCUGGCUGAUGGAGGACUAUCAGCGCUGUAAUUACAGUCACUCACAUGCCACUUUGAGCGGGAAGACGCUCCACAUACAGAGAUCUCAACGUGCUCCAUCCAGCUGCAGCCUUUUGGCUCCUAUGGCACCUUUGACCUGGCAUUUUCCAGUAAUGCCAAAAGAACCCCAACAGCCAGAUGUGCCUUUUGAGUGUUGCAGCACAAUGUGGGGAGAACUUUGUGCAUGUGGAGGUGAAGAAGGACUUCUUUGGUUGUAUAAUGUAAGCAGCAAUAUCUUGUUGCCCGCUUGGGUUCCUUUUGCUGCAACUAAAGUUGCAGAGGAAGUUCUUGUGUUCUCCUUGAGGCUCAUGACUGAUGACUGGAUGUUUGAGAGGCCAUCCAAUCAGUACUUCCUAGGGCAAUUCCUGAAGCUUGAAGCUUCUGUGAAGCAGUACAACCAUUUUCCUCUGCGCAUCUUUGUGGAUGGUUGUGUGGCUACUGCGGCCCCUGGUGUGAACACCACCUCUCCAAGAUAUUCCUUUAUUGAGCUCAGGGCUUCUGGGCUGCUGUGGACUAUGUCGAUCGGGUGUCCGCACUAA